AGGCGGAAGGAUGGGCGCGAGAAGGAGCCCCGAGGGACGGCGGCUGCCCAGGUGACUUCAGCAUACCCUGGAAUGGACGCUGUUGCCAGCCACAGCUGCCACCUGCUUCAGCAGCUGCAUGAGCAGCGCAUUCAAGGCCUCCUCUGCGACUGCAUGUUGGUGGUCAAAGGGGUCUGCUUCAAAGCACAUAAAAAUGUGUUAGCUGCUUUCAGUCAGUAUUUCAGGACACUAUUUCAGAAUUCUUCAAGCCAGAAGAAUGAUGUCUUUCACCUGGACAUUAAAAAUGUUGGUGGAAUAGGGCAAAUCUUGGACUACAUGUACACGUCCCACCUUGACCUGAACCAGGACAACGUACAAGCUCUUUUGGAUAUUGCAGAGUGUCUGCAAGUGCAGAACAUCCUGAAUGUGUGUCGUUCCUUUUUAAAAUCCUCCACAAUCUUGGAGCAGCCAGCGAAUAUGCCUUGCAACAACGCCUUCCCAUUGCAAGACACUUUGGCUGCAGAUACUAAUUGUGAGACUUACAAUGCUAAUUUAUUAUGCGCUUGUACCACAGCUGUACAGCCCAGCACACUCUUGGAGGAUCAUCAUUUGCAGGGGGCGCAGCCUGCUGCACUCCCCAUUUCUUCUGGUGAUGUAAACAAACAGAAACGAGAUUCCAUAGAUGCAAAUUACACAGAUCUCCCAUUUAAGCAGCCAAAUUGUUAUUACAAAUUUCGUAACUUUUAUAGCAAGCAGUUCUACAAGCAAACUGUUUGUCCUGGCAGUGAACGGUCACCAGAGCCAUCCUUUGCUUUCAGUGCUUCUGCAGAACGCAGUGCAGUUGAGAAUAAUGCUUCUUGUAUCAUCAGCCACUCAGAAUGUAUUUUGGAAUCGCCUGAUCAUUUGCCUUCAAACUUCCUGGUUCAUCCCUUAAAUGAGUGUAAUGAAGACCAGGAUUCAGAAAGCACGCCUUUACAGCCAGCUGAACAGAUGAGACUUAAAAAAGCUGUGCCCCUUAAAAAACUGAAUUUCUUAAGGUCUCAAAAGUCUUCAGACUUAAGUUCUGCUGAACCUAAAAUUGCUGAUGGGGACAUUGGCAGGGAAACGGAGUCAGAAAAAGAAAGUGACAUGCAGAGGACAAAUGCUGCUGCUGCAAACCAAGAACUAGUCAGUUCUGAAGGCUUAGAGCAAAAUGCUGAGCUUGAGGCACCUCAGGAAUUUGCUGAGACAAAUGGCCAGUCCCAGGUUUUCCUUUCAGAGAGGCAGUACUCUUGUGCAUUAUGCAGAAAAUCUUUUAAACACCCAAGCAAUCUGGAGCUCCACAUAAGAUCUCAUACAGGUGAGAAGCCAUUUGAAUGUAACAUUUGUGGGAAAUGUUUCUCACAGGCAGGCAAUCUUCAGACUCAUUUACGUCGGCAUUCAGGUGAAAAACCUUACAUCUGUGAAGUCUGCGGGAAACGGUUUGCUGCGUCUGGGGAUGUCCAGCGUCAUAUUAUUAUUCACACUGGAGAAAAGCCUCACCUGUGUGAUAUUUGUGGCCGAGGGUUUAGUAACUUCAGUAAUUUGAAGGAACACAAAAAGAACCAUGCAGUAGAGAAAGUUUUCACCUGUGAUGAGUGCGGAAAAUCCUUUAAUUUACCCCGUAAGUUGGUGAAGCAUAGGAUCAGGCAUACAGGAGAAAGGCCUUAUAGCUGCUCAGCUUGUGGAAAAUGCUUUGCAGGGUCUGGUGACCUACGAAGACACAUCCGCACUCAUACUGGGGAAAAGCCAUAUACCUGCGAGACCUGCAAUAAAUGUUUCAGUCGUUCCGCUGUCUUACGCCGGCACAAAAAAAUCCAUUGCAAAGCUGGUAACGAAGAUCCAAGUAGUCUUGAUGAGCUUACCCAACCAGGGGAGAUGUCUGACCUUGAAAAGUCCCAAAUGCCAGACUCGUUUACCCAAGAAAUAUCGGUAACUUUACUGCCAGUGUCUGUGAAAUUUCCCGUCCACCCAACUGGCAGUUCAGUGAGUGAACUUGAGAGCUCGGCAGUAACAUUCCAAAAAGAGCAGCCCGCGGCUCAACAGAACAGUUGUGGAAGCCAUCAGAAACUGAGUUUAGAUCCAGCCAGGUUCUCCAGAUUUCAACAAAGAUUUAAUCGCUCUUGUUCUUAUAAAGAGGUGGACGUGCCACCGGGGGAGGAACCCCUGCAGUCUGAUGAGAUUCACACCACUGGGGCUAGCCUGAGCAGCAGCUGUAGCAGUGAGCCGAAUAGCCGUCUAUCAUCUGCAGAAUUCAGGAGUAAUGAAGGUCCGUUCUUUUCCAGUGUGACGCUCUGGGGUUUAGCCAUGAAGACUUUGCAAAAUGAGAAUGAGCUGGGUCAGUGAGAAGUCAUGCUGUGUCAGCUG